AUUCCUUGAAGGAUCGACAAUGCGCUUUUUUGGAGUUUUAAUAUUUUUAGUGGUGGAUACUUCAAUUUUGGCCAGACCUAUUCCGGAAAGUGCAGAUAUACCCCAAUACCCAGUACAUUUUCCAAAAUACGAAUUUGGCUAUGCCGUCCACGAUGGAUUCACUGGUGAUGUCAAAAGUCAACAUGAAGUGCGUCAUGGCGAUAACGUUGCAGGACAUUAUAGUAUCAUAGAUGCGGACGGUCGAAAACGAACGGUUGAGUAUCGCGCAGACGAUGAAACAGGAUUUAAUGCGGUAGUUCAUCGUGAAGGUCAGAUUCCUAGCCAUCACGGAAAUAUUCCUCCCCAACAAUCGCAUCAUCAUCAUAUCCAUAAUGGAGCAGUGGUGCCAGCUCCUUUCCCAGUUGGUUCUGAUCAACAUCUUCCACCACCACCACCACCUCCACCACAUCAUCAUGAACCGGUACCGCAUAAUUACCAUCAUGAUGAUCAUCAUGUAGGCCCAAACUAUCCUCCGGUACCGCAUAAUUACCAUCAUGAUCAUCACCAUGUAGUCCCAAACCAUCCUCCACUAUUUCCCACGUUUACUCCAAUCCAUGCAUACCCCAUAGCACAUUCAAGUGCCUUUCAGAACAACUUUUAUCAACCACAUCCUUGA